CGCUGCUGUCUCAUGGCGCCGUAACACUUGUGUGUGUGAGUGUGUGUGUGUGUGUUUGUGUGGGAUUGGUCGGUUGUUGUUUUUUGUCUAGGACCGUCGUGCGAUGCCAUUUCUCCCUCAGGACGCCGAGCGAUUCGAUGGGCUGUCUCUCCUCUACUGGACGAUCAUGGGCCCGCACGGCAUCAACCGAGCCGUACAGAGGCUGGACUUCUGCGACUGCAGAAAGGGACUUGGGGUGAAGAUAAUCGGCGGUUACCGAGACCAGACAGGAGAAGAGUUUGGCAUCUACAUCAAACGGGUGAUAGGCGGUGGCUUGGCAGCUCAGGACGGGCAGCUUAAGGCAGGUGACCUGAUUUUGGAUGUCAAUAACAUCAGUCUGAUUGGGGUGACCAAUGAGAGGGCGGUGGAGAUAAUGAGGACAGCCUCGCUCUCUAAUCACAUGUCCUUGCUGAUCGCCAGAGACGAUGAAUCCAGGAGGGAGUUUGCUGAGCUGAUGGAAAAGUAUGGCUCCAAUAAUAUCACAGCACCAGGACGAAUCUCUCCUACUCAGCUCCCUACAGGGAAGCCGACAGACACGGCCUCGUCCUCCUCCUCCUCCAGAUCAGAGAGCCCCCAGCUUCUCAGUCCUAAAGAGGGGGUCACCGCCUACACCCAUGCCUCCCCUUACACCGCACACACCCCCACGCACGCUUUCAGCGACAGUGUCAUUCAGUUGAUAUGUGUUGCCAAGGGAACAGGCCUGGGGCUCGUCAUCAAGGGCGGAGCUAACCGCCCAGAAGGACCAAUGGUGUUAAUUCAAGAAAUAGUGCCUGGAGGAGACUCCCAGAAGGACGGCAGGCUGCAGGUCGGAGACCAGUUGGUGUCCAUCAACAAAGAGUCCCUUAUCGGAGUGACGUAUGAGGAAGCCAGGAGCAUCCUGACUCGCACCAAACUCAGACCGGACCCCACGGUGGAAAUUGCCUUCAUCAGACGGAGGUCAUCCUCCAGCUCCAGCAGCGGGCCUCACAGCCCCAUCUCCUUGCCGGGGUCUGGCGGUGGAGGUGGACCCCAGACCAGGGCCCCGGCUCUGGGCCCCGUGCCUGCACAGCCAGCCGUGGUCACCAAGAUCACCUCUAGCCGAAACCCUGCCUGUGAGACUCUGCCAGCUGUUAAUGUCACCCAGGUGCGAGUGACUCCAGCCAGAACAGAGCCGACACGUGUCUCCUCUCCGCCACAGAGCGUCAUCAUCGCUGAAAUAAACCAUGAGCCGGCCAGCAGACAGCAAGAUCCUCACAAGAAAAGUUCCCCCAACACCAGCUGUCGCCUCAAACUGGAGAAACUGGAGCAGGCUCUGGAUCUGCUCGGUCUGAAGCCCACAGACGAUCAGCGGCAGGCGCUCAGGUCCAGACUACGAGCGGAUCCAGCAGGGACGGUGGCCUUCACAGAUUUCGAGAGCCAGAUCAGGGAGCUGUUCAGGCCUCAGCUGGAGGAGUUGGCCGUCACUCAGCCGGGGUCGAGGUUCACGUCUGAAGAGCUGUCCAGUUUGUUGGAGUCACCCACCAACCCACCGCCAUCACUGUCUGACUCGGAGGACUUGGAGGAGAUGGAGCGGUUGAGGAAGGAGCACAUCGAGGCUCUGAGGGAGAUCAAGAGGCUGCAGGAGCAGCUGGUGGAGUCUCAGAGAGUUCACCGCCAGAUGGAGGACGAGUUCGCCAAGGUCAAACAGGAAGUGCAGCAGGGCGCGGAGGAGAGCCGGGCUCUGCGUACGCGGGUGCAGCUGGCCGAGGCGGCCCAGCGGCAGGCCCGAGGCAUGGAGAUGGACUACGAGGAGGUCAUCCACCUGCUGGAGGCCGAGAUCGCCGAGCUCAAGUCUCGCCGUGGCCAGGCACCACCACAGCCGGCCAAUCAGGACGAGACGGAGGAUCUGAAGAAGCGAGUCGCCGUCCUCGAGUGCCAACUACGGAAGAGUGAAGCGGCCAAAAAGGGAUUUGAGAUGUCGACGGCGAAACUGCUGAGUUUUGUGGAGAACGUUCAAGAGUUCCUGCUGGAAAGUCACGGACCAACAAAGAGCCACAGCUUUGGAGAUGUUAAGGUGGGGACAUCAUCCCAAGGUGUCGCUCCGCGCUACAAGAAGAGUCCGUGGACGGCCGCGACGCUCGGCCAGGAGGCGAAGGAUCUUACGCGGUCCGUCCGAGCCCUCCUGGAGGCUGACUGUCUUCCGUACGGAUGGGAGGAGGCCUACACUGCAGACGGAGUCAAAUACUACAUCAAUCAUGUGACCCAGACGACAUCGUGGAGCCGCCCCGUGCGGAGCGGCGUGGCAGAGGCUCCGCCCCCUCUGAAGACCGGCGAGCUGGCAGAGCGGGACGGGACGGGGGCGGGUACCGACCGGCGGCCUGGCACGUCCAUCGAGACGGAGAUGUGAACACCUCUGUCUGUCUAAGUGUUACCAUAGCAAC